AGUGUCAUUCAAAUCAGCUAGUUUUGUUUGCUUGUCAGUUGUCCAUGAAAAAGCCACAUUUGCCUGUUUCAUCUUGUUACAUUUUUUUCAGUUCAUAAAAGCCCCAAACUCAUUAAUCUUGCAUAUAAUCAUUGUAGACUUGCACGCAUUGCCCAUUUUUAGCAUCUCUUUUGUUUGUGAAUCAGAUCAGUCAUUCACUCAUGCUUUCAUGCAAUUUUACUUUGCACAGUUGCAGUUACAGAAGACCCAGUAUUUGCAACUAGGGCAGAAUCGUGGACAGUACUAUGGAGGCUCACUGCCCAAUGUCAAUCAGAUUGGGAAUGGCAACAUUGACCUGCCUUUUCAGAACUCUGUGCUGGACACCAGUCGGACAAGCAGGCACCAUGGACUCGUGGACCGUGUUUACCGCGAUCGUAACCGCAUCACGUCUCCUCACCGUCGCCCACUUUCAGUGGACAAACACGGUCGCCAAAUUGACAGCUGUCCCUACAGUUCAGUUUACCUCUCCCCACCGCCAGACACAAGCUGGAGAAGGACGAAUUCGGAUUCGGCCUUACACCAGAGCGCCAUGAACCCGAAACCCCAGGAGGUGUUUUCAGGAGGAUCGCAGGAGCUGCAGCCUAAACGAGUGCUGCUGCUUACGGUGCCAGGGACGGAAAAUUCAGAGUCGGAUGCAGACAAGGAUGUACAGAAGCAGCUGUGGGAUGACAAGAAGGAUGAUGCAUCUCAGCCUAAUACAUGUGAUGUCCCAGGAAUCAAUAUAUUCCCGUCACCAGACCAGGAAUUAAGCCCGUCCAUGGUCCCAGCUGCUCACAACACUGGUGGUUCGCUGCCGGAUCUGACUAACAUCCAGUUCCCUCCUCCGCUGUCCACACCACUUGACCCCGAGGACACCGUGUCCUUCCCCUCGCUCAGCUCAGCCAACAGCACRGGCAGCCUGACCACCAACCUCACCCACCUGGGCAUCAGUGCUGCAAGUCAUGGGAUCACCACGCCCUCUCAGCCUUCCAUGACUGUAACGGGCCAGCGCAGGCAGCCACCCGUGGUGCCACUUACUCUCACCUCUGAUCUCCACCUCCAACAGUCCCCACAGCAGCUCUCACCCACGCUCUCCUCACCUGUUAAUAUUACACAGGCUUUGCAAACAGAAACAUUAACUUUGGAGCAGCAGCUUUCCCAGUACCCCCUGUUCAACCAGCUGACGCCUCAGGCCCAGGCUCAGCUACUCAGUGACCUCCAGAAACAGCCGGCGCUGCCACAGGGCAUCCAGCUCAUCGCUCUGCCUACUCUGGCCUCGUCUGGGACAGCCACCGCAAGCAGCCCCUCCCCGGACAGCCAAACCACCGCCAGCAUGAGCAUCAGCUCGUAUCGCAAUCAGACUGGCUCACCAGCCACUCAGUCUCCAACCUCCCCAGUCUCCAAUCAAGGCUUCUCCCCUGGAGGCUCGCCUCAACACAUUCCUGUGGUGGGCAGUAUAUUUGGCGACUCCUUCUAUGAUCAGCAGCUGGCAUCGAGGCAGACCAAUGCGCUCUCUCACCAGCUCGAGCAGUUCAACAUGAUUGAAAGUCCCAUCAGCUCGUCCAGCCUUUUCAGCCAAUGCUCCACCCUCAACUACACGCAGGCGGCCAUGAUGGGCCUCACCGGCAGCAGCUUACAGGACUCKCAGCAGCUCAACUACAGUAGCCAUGGCAACAUCCCCAACAUCAUUCUAACAGUCACAGGUGAGUCUCCACCCAGCCUCUCUAAAGAGCUGACCAACUCUCUGGCAGGUGUUGGUGAUGUCAGUUUUGAUGCCGACUCCCAGUUCCCGCUGGAUGAGCUGAAAAUAGAUCCACUCACACUGGACGGACUGCACAUGCUCAAUGACCCCGACAUGGUGCUCGCUGACCCCGCCACGGAGGACACGUUCAGGAUGGACAGGCUGUAGCGAGGCUGUGAUGGAGCAAAGAGGGAAAAACAAAAACACUAACGUGAGUGAAGUGAAACAAAGGGCAGGAUGAACCCUCUCCCUCGUUGCAUGGCCAUCCAGCUGUAUGACUCUGAAAGAUGCGCCACCAAAAAACAAAACGGGGAAAAAGUCGUCCAUUGGCUUGCAACGGGAAUGGCCUCGCUGUUGUUUUGAUAAAGAUUGGUCGCUCGGCGCUUUCGCUAGCCUACUCUUGUUUACAGUGCUCCAUUACAUGCCACAUAUAUUUAAAAAAAUGCACAUUAUACCCAUUUUCUUUUCAUAUCCACGUUCAUUUUAAUCGUUUUUGCUUGUAGCAGGAAGCUGCUAAUUUAUUGGGUAAAAUAAUAGUUUUGGCUAUGUAUAAAAGAGGAGGAAAAUAAACAACAUAGCUGGUUUACUCACUACCCUUCGAUGAAACAAGUUCUCCUACCAUAGCAUGAUGACUUUCUUUUUGACACUCAAAGCUUUAUUUUUGACAACCAAAUGUUAUUUUCAUCUUGUAUAUGUUUUUAUGUUUUGUGUAUUUAUGUUUUAUUUAUUUAUUUAUUUGGUCAAAGGGUUGAUAUUUUCUAACUUAAAUUUGAUGCCAAAAUGUCUGUAGGUGGAGUGUAAAAUUUCACUGAUGUAAUUAAUUACAAACACAUAAAUGUUUUUUUUUUAUUAUUAUUUUAAGCUUUUACUUGGGAAACGAAGGAGUGCAAAACCUCCCCAUAGUUGCUCUUUUGGUGUUAGUUGUGCCAUUAUUUAAUAUUGUGCUGCAGUCCAACAAGCAAAUCUAGAAAUCAGUUCUAAGCACCACUUCAGGUGGACUGGGAUUACCACUCAUCAGGAAAUUCAAUUUAACCAAAACUAAAGAAAAGUGCAUCAGAAUUCAUUCUCGGCAAGAAAAAAAGCCAUUAUAUACACUAUAUUGCCAAAAGUAUUCACUUAGCAUCGAAGAAAUYUAUUUCAGCUGUUCUAAUCACUUCUGGGGCCAGGUGUGCAUACAAUCCUGGAUUUAGGCAUAAAGAACACUUCUACAGACGUUGGGGAAAUAUCCAAUGUGUCAUUCUCAGGAGAUAGGUGAGAGUUGUGGUGUUAUAGAAAAUCACCUGAACAAUAUGUCCAGUUGUGACAUUUGCUSACCACUUAAUAUUCCUCUCAACUUGUAACAGUGUUUCAAAAGUGGAAGAAWCUCAGCCAAAAGUGGUAGGUCAAAUAAAAGGUGCACUGCAUUCAGAAAUCACCAACUUGAAAUCCUUCAGAUUAGCUCARUGCAUAGAACACUUCAUGAAAAAGGUUUCGAUGACUGAGCAGCUACAUCCUUCCCAUAAAGUGUAAUAUACAGAAUCAGAAGUGUGGCUGUCUGAGUCUGGUAGUUUGUGUCAGAUGUAAAGUUUGGUGAAGAGUUCACAUUCUUAGUUCCAGUGAAAGAGCUUGAAACGCUUCAGGAUACCAAGCAAGACUGUAAAAAUGUAGAUUAGAGAGUUUGAAUAAAGUAGAGUGACGAUCAUGUGCCGAACCUUAUGUCAUGUUCCUUUUACCUUGAAAGUCUGAACUUGAAGCUGUGUUUUACCUUACACCCAAAGUGGUAGUGUUCCAGUUAACAUAGUGUGAGAAGUCCUGUUUGCGACAUGGCAAUGCCCAAGUAGAUCUUGCUAAUUAUAUUUAUUUUAAGAUUUACUUUCCAUAAGCAAACACCACUCUUAAUUUUAGUUCAUAGUUGCGGGCACUACAUGUAACAUUGAUUUUAGACACACUCUUUCAAGUUUGUCUUGUAAAUAAAAUAUCUCCACUGCAGCUUACUACUGUUGAUAGCAGCCAUAUUGAAACUGGAAGUCAACUUUACAAAUCGCAUUGAGUGAGAAGUGCGUCUUCAGGGGGCACUGACGUUGAUUUUUCAGACUGGGAAGUCAGAAUUUCUGAGUUCUGACUGCAAAUGGAACACACUAUUAUCGUCCAGCAACAGUGUCUGGUCUCACAAAUAGACUUUUGAAAGAUUCACACAAACACACUCCUAAAYCUUGUGGAAAUCCUUCCCCUAAGAAUCGCAGCCGGUAGAGCUGCAAAAGGCAGGCUGACAAAAUAAACCCUGCUAAUUAAAUAUGGGAUGUCACUCAAGGUCAUAUAUGUAUUGAGAGCCAAACAAGGAAAUACUGAUGGCAAUGUAGUUUAUAUUUAAGCUGAGAAGUUCACUUGAAAAGUAACACAUUUGUUUUUAAACCAGAGAACAUUCAAAUCUGAAUAUUUUUCAGUCACUGUGAAAUCACCUGAUUUUGCCUUACAGUAAUAUUCUGCUGUUCUACUUCAGUGUUUUAUGUGACGACGUAUUUUCCUAACUGAAUAUUUGACCUUUUCUUGUAUUUGAGACAAACUUUGGUCAGUCGGUAAUCUUUGUGGUUAUGUAAAGUGUAAACAAAUCGAUGUACUGUAUUUUGUAGCUGUACACUUGAUGGCCAAAUUGUCUUUUUGUUUUUUACGUGGGACAAAAAGAAAAAAGGGGAAAAACAAAUGUCCAAGAAAUGAUGUAAAGAGUUCAAUUAUGGGGAGGCUUUAUGCUCCUUUACAGGGGGUCUCUAACAAAAACGCAACUGAAGUUAGAUACAGAGAGGAAUCCGAAGUCACGUGAAGUGUUUUAAGAUGCGCUCUAAGAAUUUUAAGAGACUUCUCUUGAAGAAUGUUUAUAUCCUCUGUUUAGAUGAGGUGCAUAAAAGCUAGCUAAAGAUCUCUUUAAGACGAACUCUUAAGUGUAAUUAUGUAAAAUGUGCAAUGCUUCAAAAACUCAAAUCUGCCUUGUUUGUUCAGUCUCGGAAGCAGCAGAAAUGGCUUCAAAAAACAAACACUUCACAGAUCUUUCAAGCCAAACCGUUCACAUUGUCAUCUGCAAUGAGUUCUGAUCUUUGUUGCCAAAAUGUUUCCAGUUGCACGGCUGAUGUUGACAACACUACCUUCGCAUUCAGUGCCAACUGGUCCGCCUCAGCCUUUUUGUCAGAGUUUCCCUGAAAGGCUUCUGUAGAUUUUUGGGAUCAUUUUUGACUAACUUUAAUGUUCAGGUGUAAAUGUAUUGACAUUUUUACGGACUGUCUAAACACACCCAGGAUGGGAAUUGCACCUGGGYGGGUUUAAAGCGUUCAUUGUGUCCAGUAGACAGCUCCAUCAGCAGUUUUGUUUGCCUUCAACACACCCUGACUCCUAUGCAAAUGAGAUGACAAAAAAUUCUAUGGAACUUAAAGGAAAAAUCCAACUUUUUCCAUAUGCUCAGCUGGAUUUAUUCUUCUGAAGCAGAAUAUUGGAGGUGUUUUUACUUAAACAUGCCUGAAACUCCUCUGAAAGCUUUGACAGACAUGGUCAUUAUGAGCUGCUUUUUGUAAAAAAAUAAAAAUAAAAUAAAAAAUUAAAGAGGCUUUCACUGAAAACUUUAUUUGGCCAAUUUCAGCCAAAAAUCUAUUGGUUGUACUUUGUAAAAUAUGGCAAGAAARGCUAGUUUUGAUGUUUGAGUGCAGAACGGGAAUGUUAUGGUGGCGGUAUGACAAUCAAAGACCAAAAUUGUGUUUUGAAAUGUUGACAUAAGAAAAAAGUCUCUACGGUGAAGCAUAAAUCCAGCUUUAAAUUAAUGCUUGAUGUUGCCUUCCUCUUUUUCAAAAUGCUUAUGUUUUGUGGACAGUAGGGUUGCUCAGUUAUGAAAAAAAUCAUGAUUAUAACAAUUAUUUAAGUUUAAUUACAUUUUUUUGCGCAAGCUUUAGCUCAAGUUUUAUAUAUUUUUCWGAAUUUUGUAUUUUGCAUACUAGCCAAUCUUUUUUUCCACCUAAGACAUGUCUAAUCAAAUGAUUGAUAUAUAUCAUUGGGAUAUAUAUAUCCCAAUGAUAUAUAUAUCCCACUAACUCACUAACAGGUUUAGCUGUUAGUGAGCUAAACCUCACUAACAGCAGGUUUAGCUGCUGUUAGUGAACAGCAGCUAAACCUGACUAUUCACUAACAGAAUAUCACUCUAUCAUGUUCUUUGAUAGCUAACAUUGUUGCAGAGGUUUAAAAACCUUGUACUUCCAUGAUGUUCCAGUUUUACAAUGGAUUUUUUUCAGAAAUCAGGAACACUAGAAUAUAUGAAAGUAAAAUAAAUAAUCUUUUUGUGAUAGUUUGGAGCCAAGAUUGAAUUACUAAUUUGAUUAAUUGUACAUCCUCACUGGGCAGAGCACUUCUCUCUGCUCAGUAAGCUGAUAUCCAAGUUUARCUGCCAGCUGUUAUUUAAGAUUAAACAUAACCUACAAAAAGACUUGGUUACCUGAAAACGACUCCAUAACCAUUGUUGGAUUUUUUCUUUAAGCCUAGACAUUUUGUGCAGAUGUUCUGUUUCCAAAGGUUUGCGUACAUAAGACUUUGCUGUUGUGAUGCCAGUGAUUGGAGCUUCACCCCAGUCCCUCAUCCUGCCGCAGUCAUUCAAAUGGACUUUGUACAUAAAGCUGCAACAAAAUGCAUGACUAAACGGACAGUCCAGAYCUCUAAACGAAGGCCUUCUMUAGCUCUGCAGGUUUGAUUUGUGUAACRUUAUGCUAACACAAACCGUCUAAAGGGAUGCAUGUUAUGAGUUUCUUCCUGUGCAACAGUAAACUCCUGUUAAGUGRCUCUGUUACCUCCAUUUCUGUACGAUGCUACUUCACGAAUGAUACAAGAAUGUAACUUCUGUGACAGUGUUGUGGUUUUAGCCCGAUGAGUUGAUGUUUGGAGUGUUUGGUUCUGUCCCAGCAGGUCAAGGCUCCCCUCCUCCCCCAUUAAGAAACUGACUGUUGCUUGUACCGCUCUCUCUUCACACUGUAGCAUCUCUCUGCAGUCGAUUGUGAAAGACCCUUUUUCAAACAAAUAGGAGAUGCCGCCCUGUAAAUGUUCCAGAUUGGCACGCGCUCUGAUUGUUUGCAUUUGUGGACCUCUGAAGCAUCUACAUUAUGCAGUCAGCUGCAUGACAUGAUUGACACAUUUAGCAGGUUCUUAUCCCAUGCUAUGUACUUGAUCUUAAUCUUGCUAUGCUAAAGUGGAGCGUGUUUUAAGACAUGUUUAUUUGUUUUCUGAUGUUGCCUACCAUGUUUGGUUCUGGGCUGGAUAAAGUGAACUGUUUCUGUUACUGUGCAAUGUUUUAGUCCACUAGUUGCUUCGCACUUUAACUGUGACUCCCUGACGUUUGUGCUGGGACUGUUCAGCCUGAUGUGAAUGCUGACUGUUUCAUAGCAGAGAUAUUUUAAUGUAAAACAAAAAGAUGGAUUCUCUAUUUUCUUUUGGGAACUACACUUUGGCUUGUCCUGUUUUUUUUUUCUGCUUUUAUUUGAAGCUGUUAAAACUUUUAGAAGAUGCAAAAUCAGAAAGGGCUUAUUCCGGUGCAGCUUACACUCUAAUGUUGGAACUGAACGAAGGAUAUUGCUUUUAUGUUCCCGUGCUUCUAUGUCCCCCAGUUUUAAGAACUAAAUCUGAUAUGUGCAAAAAUAUGUGUUGAGGAACAUGCUUUACAUUCAAUAUUGUACAGAACUGGAAGGAGACCUGAAAUUGAUCACCAUUUUUCAUUCUCCUCAGAUUUUGUUGAGGGAGAUUUUGGUUUAAGCAUCUUCUCUGGCAUUUUCAUGGUUCCCUCAGUCUGGAAAAGUAUCAAAAAACAAAUUGGAGGGAAAAUAUUUCUGCAUUUACAAACUAUCUCUUAAAACUUUCAAAAUACGACCAUACAUUUAUCUGUCCCGUACUCGUCUUUCCUUCUUUAUGAAAGAAAUAUUGUCWUCAGCAGACUUUUUUUAGACGUUGAAUUUAUAACAUAAUUUGUAUUCUGUUCAGUUAUGAAUAUGAUUAUUAUUUUUAUAUUUUACUUUAAAUUCACCAGUAACAACCUGCUUGCUAGGCUCCUUUGAUCACAUGGUACCAGUACGUUGAUUGACUAAAAGCUGCUCAUCACCAUAUGGUGCUGAUUGCUUUGGCUUGGGUCACCAGAAUGUCACUGCAUUUACAGACAAAUUUAAAGUAAAAGAAAAAUCYGCAUACAUAAUUGCACAGAAUAAGAAUUUUGUGAUUUAAAGUCAGUGUCUGAAAUAAGUCCGAUUCUAAUGAGACUAUAUUUCUUACACAACACACAUCUCCGUUAGUCUUUUUGUAGAUUAUGUAUUGGAUCUGUAACCUGGCCUCUGUAUUAGAAGUAUCUUGUCUAAGCAUACAGUGUAUCUCAAUGUUCUGUGUUUUAAWAUGAGCCGAAAAAGAUUAAUUGAUAUUAAACAUUUUGAUCUGAAAAACAUGCAGGAAACCUGAUUUUUACUAUGUAUAUAUGAUUAGGAUUAAACUUCCAGGGACUGUGUCUUCCCUUCAAACAUGAUGAUGCAAUAGCCAACCAAACCUAAAGCUGCGAAAUGACGAGGCAUCCUAAAASUUUGACUUUUUUCACCAGSCAUGUUUGGAUUUUGAAUAUUUGUACACUUUUAAGAUAAAACUCWGUGCAUUUUAAUUUUCUCAUUGCAUCUGCCUGAGGUCCUUCUGUUGAGCUGGGGAACAUGGAACAAUGGAAACAUAAAUGUGAUCUAUUGUACCUCAGUUUUUAUGUUUCAAUACUUCAAAAAAGAAAAAAA